UUGUAUUAAAUUCUGUGCUCUUAAACAGGUCACCUCAUGAUGAAUAAUUCAACUGAGUCCAAUCUUCUCUCUACUUUUUAUGAUGAUUAUUAUCCUGAGUUGGGCUCCGUCUGCAGCACAGAGAACAUCAAGAUCUUUGGAUCAGUAUUUUUUCCAGUCCUUUACUGUCUGGUGUUCAUGUUCGGCUUGGUGGGAAACAGCUUGGUCAUUUGCGUUCUGAUACUUUGCAAGAAACUGACCAGCAUGACUGAUGUGUAUUUGCUGAACCUCGCCAUCGCUGACCUGCUUUUUGUUUUCUCCCUCCCCUUCCUGGCUCAUUAUGCUUCAGACCAAUGGACUUUUGGAAAUGCAAUGUGUAAAACAAUAUGUGGAGUUUACUACAUUGGCUUCUACAGCAGCAUAUUCUUCAUAACCCUCAUGAGCAUAGACAGGUACUUAGCCAUUGUCCACGCUGUGUACGCUCGGAAAGUUCGAACAACCCUGCUCAGCAUUGUUAUAAGCCUUGCCAUUUGGUCAGUGGCCAUUUUAGCUUCAAUACCAAAUAUCUUCUUUAUCCAAGAACUUAAUGAAGAUGGCAGUGUGAAGUGUGCUCCUUAUUACCAGGAUAAUAAGGCUACUUGGAAACUUUUCACCAAUUCCAACGUCAAUGUUUUGGGCCUCUUGAUCCCACUUGGCACUCUCAUUUUCUGCUACUCCCGCAUCAUGAAAAAUCUGCAGAGAUGCGUGAACCGAAACAAGUAUAAAGCAAUGAAGCUGGUUUUCGUUGUUGUAGUUGUGUUUUUCCUCUUCUGGGCACCCUUCAACAUUGCGCUUUUUCUGGACUCUUUGCGAAGCCUGCUCAUCAUAGAUGACUGCGAGACGAGCAAAAGCCUAGACCUGGCCCUGCAGGUGACUGAAACUAUCUCCUUCAUCCACUGCUGCCUGAACCCAGUGAUCUACGCUUUUGUAGGUGAAAAGUUCAAGAAAUACCUUCAUGAAAUAUUCAGAAAACAUGCAAGAUUCUUAUUGAUUUGCAAAGACCACAAUGUCUUUCCGAGUCACUAUAGUAUCUCUUCUAUGCGCACCCAGUUCUCGCGUUCUUCUGUUAUUGACCCUGUCCUGUAAAAUAGAAUGGGCCAAAUUCAACCAUUCAAGGAUGCAUUUGGUGUGAUAUAAGUAUGAGUGACUUUGAAAGAAAAUGCUCCAGGCAGCUCAGUAAAUACAUUACUUCAAGUUGUAGUUGGGAGGACUUAGCUUUCAAUUAAAGCUCUCUGUUACACUAGUAAUGACUAUGGUAUAAAAGCUCAGACAGACAAUGUUAUAAUCUCAGUGUCUUUAAUUGUAUUAAUUUGAGCUUCAUAUAUAUAAUAUGCUACCUUACAAGGAGAACCAGGCUGUUAUCAAUAUUAUUA